UAGUGAAAAAGCCCCCUACGCGAUGGGUGAGACCUUCUCCCAGCUGGGCUCGCAGGAGGACGAAAACAGGUCGAUCCUACCCCGUGAUUCAGCCAGCCACGGUAGCAGCGAGUAUGUUUCUUCCUGUGCCCCUGGUGAAAGGGCUGCGAAUGCCAGCUUUGUGACUUGUCCCACCUGCCAGGGCAAUAAGGAGAUCCCUCGAGAACUAGAGAAGCAGCUGGUGGCCCUCAUUCCCUAUGGGGACCAGAGGCUGAAGCCCAGGCACACGGAGCUCUUCGUGUUCCUGGCAGUGCUCAUCUGCCUGGUGACCUCCUCCCUCACCAUCUUUUUCCUGUUUCCCCGGUCCAUCGACACGCAGCCUGCAGGCCUCAACUCCUCCUCCACUGUGGCCUUGGACGAGACUGUCUACAUCAACAUAACGAAUAUCUUGAACAUCUCCAAUAGCAACUACUACCCCAUCACUGUGACCCAGCUAACCAUUGAGGUGCUGCACCUGUCCGUCGUGGUGGGGCAGGUCUCAAAUAGCCUCCUCCUCCACAUCGGCCCUUUGGCCAGUAAACAGAUUUUUUAUGCAGUAGCCAACAGGAUCUUGGAUGAAAACACAUACAAAAUCUGUAGCUGGCUGAAAAUCAAAGUCCACCAUGUGCUUUUGCACAUCCAGGGCACCGUGACCUACAUCUGCUUGAGCCACUCAGAGCAGAAAGUCUUCCAGAGCUAUGAGUACGUGGACUGCCGGGAAAACACAUCAGGGCCCCACUUGCUGGUCCCUCACCUGCUGUGACCUGUCUGCUGUCCCCAAACUCUAGGCACCUGCCAGCCUGGUCUGUAUCUCUCACAGCUCCGUGGGGCCCAAGGACGGACUGUGGUGACUUGGCCAACGGAAAAGCCCGGCUUUAUCACACCCUCCCACCCCACCCACACCCAGGAAGCGCUCCGAUCCCCACAGGCACGGAAGCCGGGUUCUCCUCGGGGCUGCCACCAGGUCCUUCCCUGGGUCAGGCCUGAGGGAAGUCUGACAUGAUGUUUCCAUGGAGUUAGAGUCCCUGGAGUGGCCCCUGCUCUCUCUGUUCUAGUUGUCCAGCUCCUCAGGUCUGGCCUUCCUCCUGCCUGAAUGUGAGAAAGCGUCGUAUCCAGCGUUAAAGACAUGCAUCUUUUCAGGUUCUCCACCGAGUGAUGGGAAAGCGACUUGGGGGGCAUGCAGUGCGGUCUCCAGGGUCUUUUGCAGAACACAGAUGCUCGCCUGUGCCUCCCUGUUUGGGUUGUGUGACAAAGUGAUGGUGAUGAUCGACUUUGCUCCUGGGAACUUGUCCCCUGCCCGUCUGACAGCUGGGUUGGCCAAGGCUCUGCAUCCUUCCUGGUUACAGACUGUCCUGGUUCCCAGGAAGACAGCUCCAGCUUCUCCCCCGUGAAACAGUUUAUUAUUCUCUUCAGAGCAAGAGCAACUUAAAGUAGCAGGGGAGGGGAGGGAGGCACCUGGCACCCAUUGGGGGGGGAGGGGCGGCGGGGGAGACAGACAAAGCCAGAGUCAUUUUAACAGAUGUUUAUUUAUUGAAGGAGAGCCCCUGGCCGGUGGUGAGCCCAUAACCCUGAGCCUGGGCGAGGAGACACAGGCAGGCCAGGCUGCUGGGCUCUGCCACACCAGGGCCCACCUCCCAGAGGCCUCUGCUUUCCUUUGGGCAUUGACGGUAGAGACAGCACAUCAGUAGGGACUGGUCUUUGCUGUCACUCAGAUGAAGCUAAGUCCUCCAGGUCCCCCUGGGCUCCACGUGGAGGCGGUUUCCUUCUUUAGUGAGCAGAAGUGGUGUUUGCUCACUAAAGGUGACUGUUUUUUAUCAGGCGGGCAGAGAGAUGAGCUUGGGUGGUGGAGAAAGCUGAACCUGAAGGAGGAUGGGUGGAGAGGGGGACUGGUGACAGAGCCUGGUGCCUGGUGGGCUGGGGGAACAAGAGCGAGGAAGGAGGUUGUGCUGUCUCCACAUUUUCAUGUCUGGGUAACGGGUCAAGGUGGUGCUGGCAAGAGUGGGGGACUCCAGGAAGGCCGGGUUAGAGUUUCUUCUGUGUGUAGGUUGCCAAAUGUAAAGAAUUUAUAUUGUAGUCAAUAAACUAUACUUAAUGUUUAAAGAA